AUGCCGAGAAGCAGAAGCUCUGCGAGUGCCGGUGGUGGUGUACAGCCUUGGCAUGCAAUCGAAAAACACAUUUUGCGGAAAGCCACGUUCAGAGCAUUGUGGGCGACAACCUCCGAAGCCUGCUGUGGCUCUGCCGAAGUUCGGAUGGUCGCGUCGCUGACGACGCCAUGCUCCUUGUGA